AUGAUUGUAAUCCGAUCUUUUGAUGUCAAUAAGCCUGGGUUUGAGGUUGAUGAAAUUAAAGGAGGUGUUGCUGGUGGAAGUAUUCUUAAAAAGUUUUGCAAGCCUAAAAAAUGUGAUCCAAUUGCCAGUGGGUGUUUUGAAGUGAAUCAAUUCAUUGAGGUUCGUCCUGGAAUUGUUGUUAAGGAUGAGAAUGGCAACAUCAAGAGGUCUUAUUGGGUUGGAACUACUAUGGAUCCUACUUUGACACGUGCUGAUAGAUUGGUUGGUCAGGUUCUUGGUGAGGUUGGGUCACUCCCUGAAGUUUUUGUUGAAUUGGAGGUUAACUUUUUCUUGCUGAGACGACUUCUGGGUGUGAGGACAAAGGGCACAGAGAGGCAGGGAAAGGUUCAAAAGCUGGCCAAGGGGGAGAUACUUAUGUUGAAUAUAGGUUCUAUGUCAACAGGUGCUCGGGUUGUUGCAGUGAAGAAUGAUUUGGCUAAGCUGCAACUUACAUCUCCAGUCUGCACAAGCAAAGGUGAGAAAAUAGCCCUGAGCAGGCGAGUUGAGAAGCAUUGGCGUUUGAUUGGUUGGGGUCAGAUUCAAGCUGGUAUUACACUUGAUGUUCCCCCGUGCCCCAUUUGA